AUGAUUCGGCACAAGUUGGACGUGCUGGGCAACACGCUCAACGGCGAACAGGAGGUCCUCGAAGCCGAGGAGGUCGAGGGCAAGGCGCCGGACGGCAGCACCAUCGACGUCUUUAUGGAGAAGAUCCUCCAAAAGGUGGAGACGUUUGAGGAGAGGGAGAAGGCCUACCAGGAGCGAAGGCAGCAGCAGCAGCGCGAUGCCGAGAUGAUGAACCAGAUCAUCCGCGAGGACCAGCAGCAGGCGGCGCGGCUGGCGGAGGAGGCGGCGCCCGAGCCCGGCGUUGGCUUCCAGCCGGCGACGAUCUACUUCGACGCGGCCGACUCGACGCUGGAGGCGGUCGAUGAGGAGCUGGACGAGGUCAUGGCCCGCGUCAAGGGCAAGACCGGACGCGGCGUCACACUGGGCCGUGGCGGCAAGGUCACCAAGCCGCCGACCCCGGCUGCAGCCAAGAGAAAGGGCACGACAGCGGCCAAGCAGCACGGCACGAGCGCGAAGCGGAAGCUGGACGAAGUGGAAGAGGACGAGGCAGAGCCGCCCUUGGCCGACGAUGGCGUCUGGGCGGACGACGACGAUGACUUCGAAGACGAGCCAGCGCCUGCCACUCUACCGCCCUGGAGCGCAAAGCGAGCUCCCAGUGUCGAUGAGAGGAGCUACGACAACGGCGACGAUGACGACUUCGUGUCAACGCCCUACGGCGGGAGCAAGAUCUCCCUUCGAGCCACGCCAUCGUCUUCCUCAUCAUCGUCAAGGACACGUCGCACUUCGGCGGUCGCUUCGUCUUCUUCCUCUGCUUCUGCUUCAUCAACACCUGCCGGGGCGCCGCGCAAGAGGCCUCGAGUCGUCCUCGAUGACGAAGAUGCCGACGAAGACGAUUUUGCGGCUCCGACCACCGCACCUGCAGCAUUCGUGGACCACGAGGGAAUGGAAGAAGAAGAAGCCGAGCCGUACCACGAUCGUGCUGGCGCCUUCGAGGAGGAGGGAGACCACGACACGCCAACAACCAACGCCCGGGCUGCAGCCCAGACCUCGCAGCCGCGGGGGCCUCGACAGCUGCCCGGAUCGUUCGCGCGCCCGUUGGGCUCGUCAUCGACUGCCGCGGCACCCGACGGUGGUGGGCCGAUGCCGCGCGCCGGCCAACUGGGUCGCUUCUCCUUCGCUGGCGGCCGUCGUCUCGCCAACCGCGACUGA